UAUAUUGAUUAUAGAAAAAUAUGCUUGAAAUACUUUUUUCUUAAUUAAUCCUUUUAUAUAAUAUCAUAUUGUGCCUUCCCAUAUUUCAUUUCUAUAAAAUAGCACCUUGUCUUGUGGUGGUUCUGUUUCUUUCUCGUGGUAGAAUUUGUACGACUGUAGAUAAUUGCCCUUAUUCAAAAGCAUAUUCAGUAGGAGUAGUUUCGUAUUUGUAAACAUCGAAUAGAGUUCAACAUGACCGGUGCAACUACUACAGAAAAGUCAAGUAAUAAUCCUUUAGAACAGUUCGUUCUACUUGCAAAAACUGCUAAAGGCGCAGCUGCACUAGAACUUAUAAGACAAGCUGUAGAAACACCAGGAGUUCAUGUCUUUGGAGAGUUAUUAGAUAUGCCCAAUAUUAAAGAAUUAGCAAAUGGACCAUACGUUCAAUAUUGGAACACAUUGAAUUUGUUUGCUUACGGCACAUACAAAGAGUACUUGGAAAAUAAAGAAAAGGUUCUAGAAUUAACUCCAGUUCAAAAGAAAAAGCUCCAGCAUUUAACAAUUGUUACAUUAGCCACAAAGUCUAGAUGUAUACCGUAUUCUACAUUGUUGGAGGAGCUGGAUAUAAAAAAUGUUAGAGAUUUAGAAGAUUUAAUAAUUGAAGCCAUUUAUGCAGACAUAAUACAUGGUAAAUUAGAUCAAAAGAAUUCACAAUUAGAGGUAGAUUAUGCCGGUUUAGGGCGUGAUGUUAGACCUGGCGAUACAGGUGUGGUGGCUGAAACUUUAGCUGCUUGGGGUCAAGCUUGUGGCUCUGUAUUAGCGUGUAUCGAGGAACAAGUUACGAUAGCCAACGUUGAAAAGCAGGCAGCUAUUUAUCACAAGGAGACUGUACAGAGAGAUAUUGCCAAUAUAAAAAAGUCCCUCGCCGCGCAUGCUGGAGGAGGUGGUGCACAGGAGGCAGACAUAGCAGGCGGCAGUUCAGGAGCAGGUGGAAGUGAAUCUGGCAGAGAAGCAUUAUCAGUACCACCAGACCCAAAGAAGAAGCAACAAAAGGUCAAAGGUAUUAAAGGCAGUGGAUCUACUAACCCGGUAAAGCACCACGAACUGAGUGAUGAGCCAAAUUGAGAAGUUCAACUUUAGGUGAAACCUCGUGGCAUAUCACCAUCUCGAUCGGAUUCUGUCUGUCUGUCUGUGUCUGUCUGUCUCUCUGUCUGUCUACACCGCUAACAGCGCAUCGUUUUUUCUCUGUAAAGCUUUUUUUUGUACUUUUUGAGAAAUAAAACAGAUUUUACAAACAU